AUGGCGGCUGCUGGACAAGAGAUCCGCGUACGACGCGCCAACUGGCGCGAGGUUCCGCAGGAGCAGAAGUUUGAGCUAUCCGACAUGGACCACACUAUGCCAAAGAUAUUCGUUCCAAUAGUCGAAGUGUUUGAGCUUCCAGAGGGAGCCGACAAGGAAGACAUUGUUGCAACCUUCAGAAAAGGCCUCGAGUUUGCCUUGACACAAUACCCCGUCGUCAACGGCUCUCUGCACAUGGACGAGGGCAAUGGCCGCUUAUGGGUUGUGACAAAGCGUACUGAUACCGUGAGCCUUUUUGUAGAGCACCUCGACCGGGACGGAGGCGAAGCGCAGCAUCCAUCCUUCCAAGAACUCGCAGAGAGGCACUUCCCAGCCUCGGAGCUCCUCCCGGAGAAACUCCUGCCCAAGGUGGUCACGGAGAAGAUGAUAUUCUCGCCUGUAGGACAGGACGCCAACGACGGAUUACUGGUCGCUACUUUCCAAAUCACAUUCAUCAGGGGGGGCUUCAUCCUCGGCCUGGCGAUGCACCACAGCAUUACCGACGCCCCCGGCUGCGAUGGAUUCCUCACCACGUGGGCGGAGAACUCGACCGCGGCCAAGAACGGUUCCCCUUUCAGGCCCAUCGACGAUUCCAACCGCGACCGCUCACGCCUCAGCGCGCCUCAACCGCCCAGCGCCGAGCGGUGGAAGCAACUCGACGGAAAGUUCACCACGCUCAAGGACGUGGGCGGACCAACUCCUCCCCCUCCUGCGGACUUUGUAGUGCCACCCAUCGUCAGCCGCACAUGGCAUUUGAGUCCGGCAAGCCUCGAGCAGCUCAAGGCGGAUGCCUCACCAGUGCGGAGCCCGGGAGACGGCGACAUCGAGGCUCAGUCGUGGAUCUCGACCUACGACGCCGUCAUGGCUGUCUUCUGGAAGACCAUGACGCGCGCCAAGAUCCCCCUGCUCAAGCCAUCCAUGGACGAUAAAAGUAGCAUUGUACACCCUGCCAACGCUCGCUCCAGGCUUGACCCGCCACUGCCAUCACGCUACCUAGGCAACGGAUGCGCCCUUCCCCGCGCGGGGCCCUUGCCCGUGGGCGACCUCAUCGAGGCCGACCUGCGCCGGCUGGCUCCUCUGGUGCGUCAGGGCAUCAAGGAGAUAACGCCGCAGUAUACCGCGGAGAUGCCCGAGUGGGUCGCAGGCCUGCGCGACAGGCGCUGGAUAACCGUCAACAUGAACAACUUCCUGGGGCUCGACCUGGCAGGCACGAGCUGGCAGGGGAUGGAGGCGUACCAGAAGCAUGACUUUGGGUUUGGCCUGCCGGUGGCGUUGAGAUGGCCGAAUCCCAGCUUCGAGGGCUACGUGUUCAUGUUCCCCCAGAGAUCUGGCGUCAAGGGCGCUGCACAGGAUGAGGGUCUGGAGGUCUGCGUGUGCCUGGAGGCGGGUAGUGCGGACCGGUUAUUAAAGGACGAAGAGUUGUUGAAGUAUGCUGAAGUAAGGCAGUAA